AUGUCCGACUCAACAUUCCACACCACCACCCAAGACAUCCGCAAGGCCGAAUCCAAGGCCUCGAACCUCCACGGCGGAAACCCUCCCAAGGACUCGGAUGUGUCCGCGAUGAAGUCCGUCAUCGACACCAACACCAACAAACAGGAACAGAUCGACCAGACCAAGGCCAACCUGCCCCUCCCCGAGCAGCCUCCUCGUGCGAGCGACUGGUCGUCGGCCGACCAGCGGACCGUCAACGUGGGCUCGGGCGGAGUGGAGGGCCCGAUCUCAGGCGAACGCAACUCGGCCCUGAGAGAGCCGGCCACCGCGGAGAGCAGUGUGCGUCGGGACGGAAGCGAGCUGCACCAGAAUACGGCGCCGACGGGCAAUGUUGGACGGCAGGCGAAGGAGAAUCUGGAGGGGCUUCCUCGAGAUGCGGUUGCUCGGUAA